UUUGGUCGUGGGCGGGGCUACGAUUAGUGUGCUGCUGACACUGAGCAGUCCGUGUCUGUGUGUGAUUUGUGAAACGUCGGUGUGUAGCGAGGAAAGGCAUGUAUUUACUGAAAUAAUCACUUGCACGUUGAAUUCCAUACUGGUAAUAAAAGCACAUUUCAAAGAUGCUAGUUGUUGAAGAACGGUAGUGAUGCGACAUCGAGAUCCAGAAUUAUAUAUCAAAUGUCGACCAUAUUUAUCUCUCUUUAAUCAUACUGUCCAUCAUUCUCACGAUCUCAGUGUAACCCGUAUGGCAUAUGGUUAUACGAAUAAUCAUGCUGAUGCGGAUUACGAUUAUAUGGCUUUAACAUGGGGGGUUCUCUGUGCACAAUCGCUGGAUUAAAAUUGGAAUUUUAUGAUUGAGAAGAAUGCCUGGCGUUUGAACUGAUCCAUGUGCAAUGUCCAGCCAGCAGUUGGACAAAUGUCCCGGCGAGCAGGAGCACAGGCAGGACACAAUGCCAGCCGGCUGGAGUGUCGGGAGGGAUGUCGAUGGGAAGCCGUUCUAUAUCGAUCAUGUUAAUAAGAUCACUACUUGGAUUGAUCCCAGAGAACGGCAAGUGAAACCGCAGUCGUUUUCGGAAUGCACUGGCGACGAACUACCCGCUGGAUGGGAAAGGGCAUUUCAUCCUCAACUCGGUGUUUAUUACAUUGACCACAAUACUAAAGCUAACCAUUUCGACGAUCCGCGGGCGAAAUAUCGGAGCAUGCAAAAAGAAAUGCUUCAAGACUAUUUACGAACCGCCCAGAAUGAUUUAGAGGCGAAACGCGAAAUCUAUGGCAUCAAACAGCAGCGCCUGCAGAUCGCGCAAGAUGAUUUCGUCCACCUUAACAACACCUUGCGCCAUUUGGGGGGAUCUAAACAAAGCCUCUGUUCGACAAUCUCGAGUGGCGGUACACGGUACGAUGUUGAAUUGUUGCGCGCUGACAUAAUGUCGGCCAAGUCGCGCGUGGAACGGCUCAAACGUGAACUGCGUCAGAUCCAGACGGAAGUGCAAAUCAAAGAACGUGGUCUAUCCUCUCUUGCGCAAGUGGAACAGAAAUUCCAAGAGAAUCCUGGCGGCACAGCGUAUAGUAUUGAAGAGGCACAGGCUGUUCUGUCUGAGCUGAAAAGAAUACAGUAUUCAUUAUUGUGUGGGGAGCAGCAGAAGCAAGAUCUCAUCGCUUCCCUGGCUCAACUGAAGGAUGAGAUUUUGUUGGCUCGCGAUAUCCAGACAUCACCUGAUCUGUCGUAUUUGCAUUUACCCCAAGAGAGAAUGUCUGCAGCAUCUCAGACGGACGUUACGGGCGAUCUGGGAGUGAGUUCUGGGGUACGAAUCGCCGAAUUGGCCCGUCGCAGACUAGAGUAUGAUGAAACGCGAAAACAAGUUAGUGAACUGCAACACCGAUUAGCCCAAAUCCAAAAGCAGGCCUCCACCAGCGACAUCGAAGCUGAUUAUGAUCGGGUGGUGCUGAUACAAGAAAAAGAACACCUGUUGCGCGAAAUGUGCAGUAUUCACCCAACCGGACGUUCCACAGAUGGAAUUACCCGUAUCCAGCAAGACAUCAACAUUCUGAAACGUGACCUGCGCUCGUCGUCCGAUCUGGCAAACAGAUCUUUAGCCAUGCGGUUCCGUCUGAGGGAAGAACGGGACAAUCUCGUCUUACGGUUGCGUGAUGUUAUGCGUCGUCAGGCCUCACUUGAAUCCGAGUUGCGGAGUUUGUCCACAAGUACUCUGUCUAUUUCCUCGGCAUCCAGUCGGGGUUCGCUUAGUGGAAGCACCGUAUCCACAGGCAGUCUGGGCUCGACGGGUUCGUUGGAUCUUCUGCGUCCGGCUGUUCUUCCUGCUGUCAACAUGCUGGAUUUGCAAAAACGGGUGGAAAGGCUGCUGAGCCAGAGUUCCAGUUUGCAGUCAUUUGACGAGUUCUUCGAAGAAACGCAAAAGAUGCAGCCGCAGUAUCGUAUUGCGGGUCAUCAUUUGGAUGCCGGUGCAUCGCGUCCAGUAUGUCAAUCGACGCAGUGUAUAGUUUGCAACGGAUACGAAUGGUUGCCGCAUGAUAGGCAGAUGCUGGAGCAGAACAAUAGACCAGUUCAGUUUACGAAUGGGGCCCCAUUAAGUACACCUACUGCUGGGUUCGCCCUACACGAACGAUGCCAUCUGUGUACAACAAAACCCCCGUUGCAGCCCAACGUGGACGAUAUGGGCUACCAGUCAUAUGGGCAAUCCCACUGUUUCAACGUACGGGAACACACCCCUCGUUAUGAAAAUUAUCUCCCUAGCAGUGGCAACGACCUUUACGAUCCUCCCAUAACAAGACCGAAUGAGCCGGCAUUGAGUCCGAUCUGUGAAAUGGGGAACUCGGAAAGUGCUCCCACACCCUUUGAUAGCCAGUUCCGGAAUAGAUCGUCCGAAUCGGUAACUGGUGAUAGUGGCGUGUAUGAAGGAACAUCAGUGUUAACGGAAAUGCGCACUGAACGGAUAUCCACAACGCAGCUGUUGAUUCGCCUGUGGUAUGGGAAACGUGACGGCAUCCUGAAUAUCGGUCUGGAAAAAUUAACCAACAUUUUCGCCCUGGAUCCUCCAUCAAACUCUCAGAUUGGUAUUCGCGUGUCGGUGUUACCACCUGACGGCUCUAGCUGUGAUGCGUUCGCCAGCAAGCAGCAUCCAUUAGCCGGCAAUUUGGGCUUUGUUGAGGUCUUUCAGUGCCCUUUGCGGCCGAAUGUGUUGCCAACGAAGACGCUAGAUGUCAGUGUAUGGGCAACUCAAAUUCCCAGCGGUGCUGCUGAAUGUUUGGGGAAUUCUCUGAUCGGUCUGGCUGAAUACUCGGAGAUAAGCAGCUUAACCAAGUGGUUUAGCGUGGUCAAGACUGAUAGACAGCCGGAUAAGUUGUCGCUGAGCCGGGAUUUGCAGCUGUUGAAGAUCCGGGAUACGGAAACAUCAUUCAUUUCCAGUUUAUUAGCCAGCUCAUCGCUGUCGACAGCACGAGUGGAGUGUGAUGCCGAGGAUCAUCUGGAUGGGGGUAAAACUGACAGUGACUGUAAUUCCGUGAUAAUUCGCGAAGAAAGCAGCGACGAAUCGACGCUGGCUUGCUCCUCACAAGCCUCCACCCUAACGCGCGGCCAGCGGCCUGGAGUUUACGACGUUUUUGAUGAGGAGCAUGAAGUUUCGAGUGAGGAAGACGAGAUCACUUCACAAAUCCCAGCCGACUCGCAUUCAUCCUCUGAUUUGUCCGUCUUGGGCCAUCCUUCAUCGAGUCUGGCGGCGGAAAGCGGUUAUGGACAUUCCGGUGACGCUCUAGGCGAACUGUGUGAUAAAGAGACCAAUACGGAAUCCGGCGCGUCGGUGCUGGGCGGUUGGUCGGUGGGUGGAAAGAGCAACGGCGCUGCCUUGCGGCGAUCGCAUACUCUGAAUAUUCGAGCGGAAGCGCACCAGACGGGAAUAUACAACUGCCGGCUGAACCGCAGUGACAGCGACAGCUGCGUGCCGUGUCAAAAGAGCGGCGACGAUUCUUUUGCGAGAAAUACACUGGAGCGCAGAAGUUUGCGCUGGAAGCGGCCAACGAAGAACGGUUCAUCUUUAUCGGCACACUCUUCAACACACCGCCCGGUGGCUGUAAAGACGGCGCUGGAAUGGGAGCUUAGUUUAAAGGCGUCGCAGAUUAAACUGCAGAAUCUAAACGAAGAAGUCAGCCGUCUGCGUAACCUUGCGGAGAAACUUAUUCAAGUAAAGAACAGUUCGGAAAACGAGCUACCAGAUUGGUUUGCUGAUCUCGAAAAAGACCUGGAUACCGCAUGUCCUCAAAAAUUUGAAACGAGCGGCCCCGGCACACCUCGCACCUCAAAAGUUAACCGUAUGCUACGGAAAACCUUGAAAGAAAUUCAAAAGUUUCAACGUACUCGCGGACAUUCGGAAGAUUUAACAGAUUUCAGAAAAACCAUGGCUUCCUUCUUGGACACCGGUCAUCGUGUGCCAUUAUCGGAUGCUUUAUAUCAUCCCCAUGAUGCUCCACCAUCAGAGGGGCAGCAAACGUCCGUAGCGGAGAAAGUCAUUCCGCAUCCGAAGCACAGGCCGAACAUCUUGAUACCGAACAUCGGUCACUGUCCGCCAGCGCACAGUCGGUCACAGUGGCUUCGCCCGAAGCCUCCGCGAACGCAGUGGACACCGUGGCGCCGGCUGACACGCCCUUGCGGCCCGAAUUCCCUCAUCAUUUCCCCAACAAAGUUCGCGUCUUUGCUCCGCAGAAAUUCUUUACCAAAGAUCGGCAAGGCGUGGAAGUGUAGUUAAUUUAAACGCUGUAUUCUGUUUGUAUGAGUUCUCUGGUGUGUUGUAUUUUAUUUUUGGGGUGCCGUGUUUGCCGUGAAGUGAGGCGUAUAUUGCUUGAGUUUCUAUUUUGGUGAGAAAUUUUUAUUUAAAAUGGUUUUUGUUUGACAAAAUCUCUUUUUUGUGUCACUGCACAAGAAUCGUUCGAAGUCUCAGAUUUUGUUACUUUGAAAAGAUAUUUCUGAUUUUGUUUGUUAAUAUACACUGCACUGGAAGAAAUCAAACAAAGAUUCGUCAGUAACAGACAACAGUGUCUCUAGUGCGC